CUCCACGCUCCACGUAUGUGUUGAAAUGGCAGGAGCUGGAAAGAAAAAGUCUGCCGGUGCACCCUCUCGAAUAUGGACUGCACUUCGCACAAUAUGGCAGGAGAAGCACCUUGUGUUGUUCAAAGCGGAAUACACGUUGCUAGUGACAGCACUCCUUUGGUUUUUGGAAAUCGGUGUCAACGUAUGGGUCAUUCAGAAAGUUGCAUAUACAGAGAUCGACUGGAAGGCCUACAUGGAUGAGGUGGAAGGAGUCAUCAAUGGGACCUACGACUACACGCAACUCAAGGGAGACACGGGGCCAUUGGUGUACCCAGCUGGUUUUGUGUACAUCUUCAUGGGCUUGUACUAUGCCACUAACCAUGGAGUAAACAUACGACUCGGGCAGUACAUUUUUGCCAUUUUUUAUCUAAUCACACUCCUGCUGGUGUUUCGGAUCUACCAUCGCACAAAGAAGGUUCCACCGUACGUGUUCUUUUUUGUGUGCUGUGCCUCGUACCGCAUCCACUCCAUCUUUGUGCUGCGACUGUUCAAUGAUCCCGUAGCGAUGAUGCUGCUCUUCGGUGCCAUCAACCUCUUUCUGGACGGCCACUGGACCCUGGGCUGUGCACUCUACAGUUUAGCUGUGUCUGUGAAGAUGAACGUCCUCCUGUUUGCCCCGGGCCUCCUCUUCCUCCUCCUGACGGAGUUCGGCCUGCUGAGGACCAUCCCCAAGCUGUCCCUCUGUGCCAUCAUACAGUUGUUGCUGGGGCUUCCCUUCCUGGUGGAGAACCCCGUGGGCUACAUGAGUCGGGCGUUUGACCUGGGCCGCCAGUUCCUCUUCAAGUGGACCGUCAACUGGCGCUUCCUGCCCGAGUGGCUGUUCCUGAGCCGCUACUUCCACCUGGCGCUGCUCUCCGCUCACCUGAUCACUCUCGCCCUGUUCGCCUGGCGCAGGUGGAAGAGGCCAGGGGAGAGCAUGCUGGCUCUGCUGAAGGAGCCUGCUGCAAGGGAGCCCCCUGCUCAGAAGCUCACGUCGGAUCAGAUUGUGUUGGUGCUGUUCACCUCGAACUUCGUGGGCAUGUGCUUUAGUCGCUCGCUGCACUACCAGUUCUACGUCUGGUAUUUCCACACGCUUCCUUACCUACUGUGGAGCGGCGGGGUCAAGAAGAUGGCUCACCUGCUCAGGGUGCUGAUGCUGGGUCUGAUUGAGCUGGCGUGGAACACCUACCCCUCCACCAACUACAGCUCGCUCUCGCUGCACGUGUGCCAUCUCAUCGCCCUGCUGUGCCUGUGGUUCAACCCCACUCCAGCGCCCCAGGAGAAGGCCAAGCGCCACUGAGGUCAAAGGUUACAGGCCUACGGGUGAAAGGGCAGGCCUAGUCCUCCUAGCACACUUCAACCCAACAAAGAAAACCCUCCGUCCCUUCCUCCUCUCCGUCCUUCUUCCACGCCCACUUGCCAGCACAGGGCCAAUCAGAGAGCUCCGCCACCUUGCCCUGGCCCCUUCGCUGUCUUGGGAUUGGUCGAGAAGGCAACGCCAGGUGAUCAGUGGCCCCAGUCCAGUGGGGAUGAGCGACACCAGUCUUAUCAGACCAGCAGAGCUCUCGAGACGCACAAAAGCUGUUUCAGGAUUAUUGUUUUCAGAAUUUUUGGUUUUUUUUGUAUUUAUAAGCUGAAGGUUUUUUUUUGGACCAGAGCAAUGUUCAGCUGUGCUGGGUUGUGUUUGAAUGGGCGGGAACAGGAACUCUCAGGACUAAGGAACCAAAAUAAUUCUUAAGUAUACAGUCUGUGAGAUGAAGGGGUUGGUUCAAGUGUUCAAGUGGUGGUUCCUUAAAUGGCCUUUAGAAGGAGAGGUUAUUUGUUCUUUUGUAUAUUUUUUUUCUCAUUUUCUUCAUAUGUUUGCUGUGUGUUAUUUGCUUGUAGUUCAGGAGUGUGAAGUCCGAGUGACAAUUUUUCAACCAAUGUGAGUGGCUGACGGCCAAAGACUUUUCAGCAACAUCAUGUUUGUUACUGUUACGGUAACGUUUCAAAAUAGGCAUUACAGUAGAAAAUCAUGAGAAAAGUGGUUUAUAUGUGCAUAAUGUCUUUAAUUUAAUAUCAGGGAGUUUUUGAAGUUUACUGAAAAUGAAGAUAGCUUGUUAUCUUAAGAAUCCCCUUCCCUUAGUGUAGGUGAUUUGUGUGGCGUUUAGUUGAAGAGCUUCAUUGCAAAAUGACGAAUGUCCAUUUUGGAACAUUUUGGGAAAUUUACAUUUUUGUACAGGGCAUUGCAUUGCAAAAUGCAUUUUAUAUAGGUUUAAAAAGUAUGUUCUCAAAAUAUUUGAAUUGCAAGAAUUCACACAUAGAUGAUCGGACCUCUGAACAGUCAUUUCCAUGAAUAAAAUGCAGAAUUCAGACACACAUGA